CUUCCAGGUACAGCCUAAGGGGACGGGAGGAAAAUAGGGACGGCAUCAAGAAUCCACAGCUGCCUAGGUGACACCGUGUCACCUUUGCUGCAGCUCAUGAGACUCAGCAGAGAAUUGGGGGGGGCAUUCCAAGAUGCCCCCCACGGGGAUCGGGUUUCAGAGAUUCUUCUGCAUGGCCAGGGCUCACCAACAGCCAAGGAUUGCUCAUGUUUAAGCAAACUCUCUCCCUGAUUGCUGUGGGGCCCACCAUGGUCCCUCUGCCUUUUCAUGGGAUGGGAGCUCAGGUGGAGUGUCAGCUGGUGGUUUGUAGCAACCGACAAGGAGAUCUAGCUCGUGCUGUUGACUAAAUGAUGUCCCGUCGUUAGCCAAGGGCCUUCCUUAGGCUCAGUAGAUUUCAGACUUGCUGUCAAGCACAACAUCUUUGAAAGCAACGCCAGCAGUUCUGCCUUCCUGCCAGGUACCUUGUUCCCUGGGUGGGUCUCACUGAAUCCUCACAUCCCUGUAAGGCAGCUGCUGACACUGUCACCACCGUGAGGAGACUGAGGCUCAGAGAGGUUAAGUAACACGCCUGCGGUAACAGAGCUUGGACGUGGCUGGGCUGGGAUGCCAACCUCAGCCUUCCAAGUGAGAUCCCUGGCUCUCACCCACGGUGCAGGAGAGCCUCAGGCCUGGGUCCCUAUUUCCGCCUCACCUCAGUGGUCAGCAGUCUCUGUGCCUGGAUUGAGAUGGGGUGUCAUGGAGUGGUGCCCCCUAUGUGAUGUGGGUGUGUGGUGAACCAAGAUGAAAAAUGAGCUGGUGCAGUGCUUAGCUUUCAGCAAACAGCUGACAUUACCCAGUGAUGAGAUCAUCAGCUUUUAUUAGUAACGCAGAGAUUAGGAUGAAGAGGAACUGGGCAAGAUUCAUCAUGGGGUCAGUCUUGCUCAGACCCUCAUCCCAGCGUGAAUUGACCAAGGAAACAUCUUCUACGAAUGCCCCACAAUGCGCUGUAGGCAGGAGACAGAGGGAUUCAUGUCAUAGAUUGAAACCUUAAACUGGAGGGGUAUAUGUGCUGGAGUGCAUGGGGAAAGGGUAACGGGGUAAGAGGAAGGGGCCUUUGAUUAGGCACACCUGGCUGCCCGUCCUGAUACCGGGAAGGCGUCUUUGUUCAGAUGCAAACAGCAUAGCCAUCCUGUGACCAAGGUGCGUAACCGGAAAGACCAUUCCUUCCCCUCUAGCUACAAGAUCAAUUUUGUAAGCCUGCAUUUUCUGUUUAAUGAUGCAACCUGUUAAAAGUCGCCAGUAGAAACUGUCCCCCCUCCUCCACCAGGGUGCAUACUUAGUACAAUUAAGUAGUCAAGGAGACUUUGGGAAACAAAACUCAAUCUGGGAAAGCAGCUGCUUUCCCUCAGGGAGAACGAGAUACAGAUGCUGCUCUGGGUGGACAGACAUCCCAUGCUGGACCUCCCAGUCCCAACCUCAAAAGAACAGUUGCAGGGGUCAAACACGAGGGCAGAUCCAAGACACAUUUCUCUCUGACGUGGUCAAGGGAAAGAAGGCAUGUGUUAAGGACAGGGGACAAAUGCCCUGUCAUGGAGAGAUCACGGAGACGCCCGGCAUGUAAUAGGGUAUGGAUGGGGGGCCGUGUCCAUGCGGAGGAGAGGCAGGAGGAAGGACGCCUACGGUCCUGUGGGUGCUCAGCAAUGGGGGAAGAGAGGGCCAGCCCAGUCACCUGCGUACCCAUCUGCAGUGUGCCUUCCUAUGACAUAUCCUGCGGGCAUGGUACGGCAUCUGUGUGGAGGACUUUGCUGCCCCUGCCUGUGACUGUGCUACAACGGUGGUUGGCUCCAGCCUUGACCAUGGACACUUGUCCAAGAUUCUGCUCAGUGUUUGCAAACGUUAAUCCCGUGCAGCGCUUCAAAGCCAGUGAGUUCCAUGAAGGAGCUCUGAACCUGCUGAGUCGGUGACUUCCAUCUGGUUCUACCUGACCCAGGGGCUCUCGGAGGAAGACAUGUCCUGGUUUGAAGGAAGGUUGGGCCUGAUCCCGGAAACACAAAUGUUUGAAUCAGCCGUGACAUUUUGAAAUGAACAUGUGUGGCCCAGAAUGUGAGACAUGCUGACAGGUAACCCACCUGUGUGGCUUUCUAUUGAGGUCACUUGCUAAGUGUCCUGUGACGUCCCUGUCAAGCAGCCUGGGCACCUUUGUGACACCUGGGGCUGCAUUGUGAGCCCAGCGCUGGGGGCUAAGCCUCACCCUUGUUGCUAGGAAGGAAGCAGAGCCUUCACUUUGCAUGGAUAGUUGCGAGAAGAGCAGUCCCCCAGGCCAGGACCCAGGCUCGAGCAUGGCCCUUUCUCCCCCAAGGGCCGGGGCACCCCGAAAUGUCAGUGAGGGACCGGUUCCUGCAGCAGUUCCGGCAGGGGCCUGGGACGACCCGCUGCCACCUGGCUGCCCCAACAGGAGAUUCCUGCUUGAAGAGACCGCUUUCCAAACGCCGACCGAGAGGCCUUCUUUGAGAAGAGCAGGCCCAGGCACGAACACCCUGUCACCGAGGGGCGGGAGCCUGUGUUCUCUCCCCUUCCCCAAGAACUGGAACAUCGUGAGCAGCAAUCAGUUUGUGUCCAUUUGGUGGGAGUGUAACGGCGCGUGCGUCGGGAUCAACGAAAAACUAUUUCAAAAAGAGAUUUUGGACCAAGACGGUGCUGACAAAGUGUUUGCAACGCACUAUAUGAAGAGCUUCAUCCGCCAGCUCAACCUCUACGGCUUCAGCAAAAUGCACCAGAUUGCUUGGCAACCUGUCUGCCUCGCUAGAUGUUUCAAAGAAGAAAGAUCAGUGUGUGUCGUGAGCAAGGUAACGACCGAGGGCCUCCCUCCCAGGGCUAAGGCGGUGGGCUCGGGGACAGGGUCAUUGAACUCCCAGGACGGCCUCUGGGGAGUGGGGGCACCUAGGGUGAGGUGCAGGACAGCUCCUAGGCCUGUGUCCCCUCUGGGUGGUGCAGGGCCCCGCAAGCUGGACUCGAGGUGCUGCCCUAAGCCAUUUAACGAGAGUGCUGAAGGCAGAUUACACUUCUACUAUUGCCCCUACUUUAAAAAAACUUCCUCUAAGCUCCUUGUGAAGAUGAAGAGACGAGUGGGCGUAACAGGGUCAUCCAAAGCCGUCCUGCACACGUACUCCCAGCAGAGGGAGAGCCAGCCCGAAGCCCCGAGAUCUCCUUCAGCACCUACAGCCGUGGAGCGACAGGAAGCUCCCACCUGUCCCAGUGAGAACAAGCCAGCGGGCCCGGGGAACCCAGAACUGCCCGAUGACACGUCCGGAAGCAGCAGUGCCCGCUGGGCCCCACCAGCAACUGCAGCAAGGGCCCUCGAGGCUGGUGGGAAGAAACCUGGGGGCUGUGGCCCACCUGUCAGCACGGUCUCCCCACUAGCCGGAGAAGAGCCAGACUCCCCGGGCUGCCCCUGGUACCGAGGCCACUGCCCUCGGAAAGCCUCCCCGGGUUGUCCACGUCAGGGUUUCUGCGCAUAUAUGUUCCUUUGGGCCGAUGGUGGGUCUGCCAGCCGAGCCUCCAGGAUACCACAGCUCCCCUGCCAUGUUCCUGCCUUGGGCGGGCCUGUUGCCCUUCUGCUGCCCCUGGGUCCCCAUGCCCAUCAGGGCUAUGGGGCCUGCUGUCCGCAUGCCUGUUUCCUCACCCCCAGCCAUGCCAUUCCACUGCUUCGCCAACUGCCCCUGCUUCUCAGCCUACAGGCUGCCUAUCAUCAGGCCCCCAGGGUGUCCUGUGCUCAGGGACCACCACAGAUAAGGCAGUCAUUUUCCCAGGAAGGGUGCAGGCCAAUAAAAGCACCAGAAAAUGAGUGACCGUCUAUGUGAGUGAUGAUCCUUGUCUCUGUCACUUGUCUGUCUUUGCACUUGAGUCGCCCUCUGAGGUAUGGUUUGCUUGCAUGGUAGAAGCAAACGUAAGCACGGUCUUCCCCAGCAUAACGCAGGCCCCUAGGUGAUGCUCAGACAGGUUACGGGUGUGAGGAAGGCCUUGGGACAGCCUGCAUCCACUCAUUAAAGAGCUGUCUGAAAUCUGCGACAGGUUCCAAACCCUGACGUUGGUGCGUAACCACCACACUGCCUUCUUGGCCACCCAGGCACAAUUCCCUGUCCUGUCUGUGCCUUGUAUAACACUCUCUUCAACUGACAGAUGAAGAAAGACCAACUCUCACUUUAGGGGAGGGCUGACACGUGCCCUUCCUGUCCCCCAACAUACCGUUGUGCAGGUGACAGUCACCGCGCAUGAGUCCUACAGGUUUUCUGUUGAGAGGGGCUCAUGUGUAUGUGGAUGCGGCGGUUGACCUUUGGCUUUGAUUCCACGUGCUGGGUCUGGGAGUUUUUUCUUUUAUUUUUAGAACUAAAAAUUGAUAUGAUAGUUGUGCUUAGAAAGAAACCUUCUGGAGACAAGCCUUUCUCUUUACAAGUUGGUUCUGCUUGCUUGGGGUAUCUACAUGAGAACACACGCUCUCAUCGAUGGGGCUCCGUAGAGUGCUCUGUCCGAAAGCGCAUGAGAAGGACACUUUCCAGUUCUUCGUAUAGAUAAUUAGGCAUAGCACCCAAAGACUUCCGAGAUCAGGCAGUGGGAGAACCCAAACCCCAACACCGCGAGGUGGCGAUCUCCUGGAUUUUGAAUUUGGCCCAAGGUAGGAGAGUUCUGUGAGAGCUGAAGAGUGGGUGGGAAGUGGACACUUGGGAACGGCUGACAGAAGUGCUUGUAAUCCCCAUCUCGCACUGCCUUGCAGGUGGAGAGCCCCGUCUAGCUGCUGUUACAAACCAGUGCUUAGGUAGAAAUGGGUGCCCAUCGCCUUUCUACGCUUCCUGAAUUUGUGAGCUCUUCCACUUUUCAGAAGGGCAUUUUUCUCAUCUUGUAAUUCCAAAUGCCUCUUGAUCUUUACUUGAGUCAUGUGGAGAUGGAUGCUCCUUAAAUCCACUUCAACCCACGGGAAACUUGCUUACAUGCAGAUCUAUGUAGAAAGGUGUGGGUUUGCACAACGUAAUACCGGGUGGUUUGCCUUUGAAAAGGAUUUGCUUGAAGGACAUGGUCUCGUUUACAAAGCCUAGAGUGUAUGACACCAGUAGCAGACCUUCUCCAUACUUCAUUCUUACCAUUUACUCAUUUCUCUGUUUUGAACUUAAUAGUUAAAGGAAAUAUGCCGACCUUGAGUCCCUCUGAGCUAGGGCAGAGGGCUGCUUUCUAGAAACAUCUGGGAAUAAAGUGAGUGUGAACAGGUUUUAAGGGCUGUGUCCUGACAGCUAAACCAAGUCUUGAAAAUACAGACCGGGAUGAUCCAGGGCACGGUAUUUCACUGUUGCUUCCAGGACACGAUAAGGUGACAGCGAUUAGAAAAGUAUAAAACAUGACUGAACUAGAAGUAGCUCUAGACCUAGAGAGGGCUGCAUGAAAUGUACAGAAGGUAUGUAAAGUGUGACAUUUUAUGCCAAAAUCAUACACCCAGGUGGUUCUGAUGUCUGGGUGACAGGAAAUACAUAGACACACAGGUGUGUGUAUGUCUAUGUAUAUAUUAUGUAUACACACACAUAAUGAGAGUAACAAUAGCCAGGCCUUUCCAAAGCACAAUACAGCAUGGUUACUUUGGGCACCUGCUCUGUGUCUACUGCCGUGGUCCAUACAGCUUCCUAAACACCUGACAGAACCUUCCAGAAGCUAUUGAAUUGGUUUGACCUCAUCUGUACAAGUGUAGAGUCAUUGCCUGUGUCUUGUGUUGAGGGAGAGCAUGGACACCCUGGACUCACUUGCCACUGAGCACCGCCCAGACCUCCUUUAGCCCAAGGUCAGCUAGGUUCCAAGGUCAGUGUACCCCAAGAUCACCUCUGAGGUCUCCUUUUCCCCUGUACCCUCUCCAGUGAAGGUGGCUACAGCCAAACAGUGACAAAUGAGAAAGUGGAAAAUAGGGUAGCACCCUCUCCCACGGUCUGACCAAACCCAAGAACCCCAGUUCUGUGGGAAUGUGUCCACGACCUCCCUGUGUGUGCUGCCUCUUAGGGCUUAGUGACAAUGGCAUUCUGCCAUCAUGGCGCCCCAUGGGAUGACAGACGACUGCCAUAGAGGCCAGUGGGGGCUCUGGGUCAUUACCACAAAGCUGGAUGUCCUCAGUCAAGCGGUCAUAUAACGGUGGGUGAAGCAGCAAGCAGUUAGGGACUGUGGUAGAGCAGCACAGAGGGCAGAAGUCCUGUUUCUGGCAAAGCCUCAGAAAUCACCCCGUAAGUCCUGAGAACAGUGGUUCUCACUCGAGGGUGGCUUCCCCCACACCCCUGCCGCAGGACAUUUGCUAAUGUUUAGGGACUUUGUGGGGAUGUGCUACCGGCUUCUAGUGGAUAGAGGGCAGGGGUUCUGCUAAAUAUCCUCCUAUGCCCAGGACAGCCUCCAUUGAGGAGAAUUACCAGGUCCGAUUGUGCAGUGCCCGCUGGGGACACCUGGCCCUGGUAUACAACCUGCAUUUCCCACCACUCCCCUUUCCUCAUCCUUCCACAUCGGGACCAUCCCUGGGGGACUGGGCUUUCAAGGCAGGGCCCAGAGAAAACAAUUCCCCUUCCACUGUACAAAACAAUGCAAAGAGUCAGGUACAAGUGAGGAUGAGAGCGGGUGAGCAUGGUGAUGGCGCGGUCAGAAUGAAGAAAAGUGCAGAGAAAGACAAUGAUGAAAUCACUGUCCCGGAUGGGAACUUGUUUCAGAGGCGGCUUUGGGCUGUUUCAGAUUCGUGAUUUCAGAGUCUGACAGUUCAACAGACCCCUCAGAACCCUUAGAAAAUGGCUAAACUGCCAGUGGUAAAGGACCAUUCCAGUGGAGCCUUGUAUAUAGUGGCCGCUCAGACCAAAAAAACCCAAACCCAGUGCCGUGGAGUGGAUUCUGACUCAUAGCGACACUAUAGGACAGAGUAGAACUGCCCCAUAGAGUUUCCAAGGAGCGCCUGGCGGAUUCAAACUGCUGACCUUCGGUUAAGAGCCGUAGCACUUAACCACUAAGACACCAGGGUUUCCAGAAGUGCUCCUGAAAUGAGUACUGGAGUGGGAUAACCAUCAGGGCCCUCGAGCUGGCAAGGAGGGGGAAUCGUCCUGGGAGCAUUUAAUCAAGGAGUCAGGAGCCAAGAUGAGGAACCUCAAGGUGAGAACUGACAGGUCCAUCUACCCCAGGACAGAAAGGCCCCACAGAAUCCAGCUUCGGCCCUCUGUCAGCCCUGGGAGACCACGGCAGAGUGGCCGGAUGUGGUGUUUCCUGACUUCUUUCUUGGGAGGCUGAGGGAGGGUUAAGUUGGUCUGAAGGGGGCAGCCUCAGGUCAGCAGACAGAGGAGUCCCUGGUUCUGCCAAGAGUCAAGGUCAGGACCCGAGGGAGGACAGAGGGGUCUAUGGACCCUAAAACACAGGAGGCCCCCCCUCGAUAAACCUGUUGCUGCUGUUGCUCUAGGAGGUUUUGAAGGAGCUGUGAGACUGAGGCACUUCCUGAAUGCGGUCUGGAGAAUCUGAGGAGGGUGAAGCCUUGGUCCUGUCUGGAGAGGAGUCAAUCAGCAGAAGGGAGAGGACCCAGACCCUGUCAGCAGUAAACAGGAAUACCUUCAGGACACUGAGGGUAUCCCCCAGACAAAGGGGCCCCACCGUAAACUGCCCCUGCUUGCAGCCCUGGUAGACCCCAGGCAGGGGUGGCCGGAUUUGGUGCGCCCUCCCUUGUGCCUCGGGAGGCCCUCAGGGAGGUGAGACUCCAGGUCUGAGGGGAUUGGGCCCAGGCUCUGCGAGGAGUCAAAGUGAGGACCUGAAAGAAGACUGAGGGGAGCCCCAGCCCGAGAACCGAGUACCCCAGCUCGCCAGGCCCCUGCUGUCAGCUCUGGGAGAUUCUGGGCAAGGCUGUCAGACAGAGGUGCCAUCCCCCACUACUUCCUUCUCGGGGGUCUCAAGAAGAUGUCAGGAGGAAAAAUGAAUACUUUCAGGGGCACUAAAGGUACCUCCAGAAACCCUGGUGGCGUAGUGGUUAAGUGCUACGGCUUUUAAUCAAAAGGUCUGUGGUUCAAAUCCACCAGGCGCUCUUUCGAAACUCUAUGGGUCAGUUCUACUCUGUCCGAUAUGGUCGCUAGGAGUCGGAAUCGACUGGAGGACAAUGGGUUUUCGGUGUUUAAAGGUGCCUCCCACCCUACCCAAUA